CCUGUUUUGUGUCUUUGUAGUUGUAGUAGUGUGAUUGUAGUCUAGUAGUUGUGUUGUAUCAAUCCUUAUGAUUAUGAAGCCUGUUUGAUCUAUCGAAGUUAUUUGGUGUAGCUCAAUACACAUAACCAUGAAGUCCAAAAUAGGCUGUUACUUUUUUAUAUUCAUAGUUUAUUACCAUAGCAAUUGCUGCUUGGCUAGAGAAGUUCCAUCGCCCCCUUUAAUUGUUAAGCAACCUCCAACAGAUGAAGUACUUUUUCAAGUAGAACAGAGCGGCGAAAACGACAAACCAUUUUACAUAGAGUGUGAGGCUGAAGGUGAACCAGCACCAAAGUACUACUGGGUCAAAAAUGGGAAGAAAUUUGACUGGCAGGCUUAUGAUGAUAGAAUCUCACAACAAACUGGUCGCGGUACGCUUUCAAUCGCUAAGCCCUCCGAAGUAGAUAUUGGGCAAUACCAAUGCUUUGCCGAGAACGAACAUGGCAUUGCUACUUCUAAUUCAGUGUUCAUGAGAAAAGCAGAACUUAAUUCCUUCAAAAACACUCCCCCAAUUUCUUUAUCAGGCAAGGAGGGUGAACCCUUUAACCUAACUUGCCAACCACCUGAUGGUUGGCCAAAGCCUGUUGUACACUGGAUCAUUAUGUACACAAACGGAGGGUUUAAGACAAUUAAUUCAUCCAGAAUGACAUUAGACCCUGAAGGCAAUUUGUGGUUUUCCAACCUGACAUUGGGUGAUAACACUGAUAAUUUCAUGUACGCUUGUGCAGCUACAAGUCCGUUGAAACAUGAGUACAAAUAUGGAAACAGGGUUCUACUCAACGUUAUAGCUGCUGGAGCUUCUGCUGCUCAAAAUAAAGUACCACCUGUUCUACAGUAUGUUACAAGAAAAAAUGAAAUAGCUUACAGAGGCAAAAGGGUCGAGCUGUUUUGUAUAUUUGGAGGAACGCCAUUGCCACAAACGAACUGGUUCAAAGAUAACCAGCCACUUCGAUCUACAGACAGAGUUACACAGGGUAACUAUGGAAAAUCUCUCAUUAUUAAAGUUGUUGAUUUUGAAGAUCAAGGUACCUACACCUGUGAAGUUACCAACGGAAAUGGAGAAUCACAGUCAUAUGCUAUUAACUUAAAAGUUUUAGCUGUUCCCUAUUUCAUCGAAGAACCGAAAGUUAUAACAGCUGCUGAGGAUGAAACCGCCGAAUUCCAAUGUAAAGCAGGAGGUGUCCCUGAACCUGAUAUAAUAUGGAUUCAUAAUGGCAAACCCAUCGACCAAGCGUCGAAAAAUGACAGACGCAGAAUAGAACCAGGAGUACUUAUUAUUGAGCGCCUGAUCAAAAGUGAUACUGGCAAUUAUGGAUGCAAUGCAACUAAUUCUUUAGGUUAUGUUUACAAAGAUGUAUACGUUAACGUACAAGCUCUGUCACCAGAAAUAACCGAGGCUCCUAGGGAUACCUCCGCAGUAGAUAAUCAGGACAUUAAUAUGACAUGUAAAGUAAUGGGUGCGCCAAGGCCCACAAUCAAAUGGAUUCAUAAUGGACAGGAGCUCACAGGUGGCGAAUUCAAGAUACUCGAAGGUGGAGACCUCUUUAUUUCCAAAGUUCAGUUUGAUGAUAGAGGAAAUUAUACAUGUUAUGCGGAAAAUAAGUUUGGAAAAGCUAGUGCAAGCGCUAAGUUGGAUGUGAAGGCUCACACUUAUAUCACUGAUGGUCCCGAAGAUUAUGAGGUUGAAGCAGGAACUCCAGCAACAUUCAGAUGUAAUGCUGCAACUGACGAAUCAUUGGACCUGGAAAUAAUUUGGCUAAAAAGUGGCCAGCCUAUUGAUUUUGAAGCUGAGCCUCGUUUUGUCAAAUCUUCCGAUUAUUCAUUAACUAUUACCAAAACACAUGAAUUAGAUUCGGGACCAUAUACAUGCAUAGCUAGAACAGAGUUAGAUGAGGCUGCUGCGCAUGCACAGCUCAUUGUCCAAUCAAUUCCUAAUCCUCCUGGUGACAUUCGAGUUGAAUGCCACAAUAUGGAUGCUACUGUUCAUUGGGUUCCUAAAGGAGAUAAUAGAGCAAACAUUUUGCGUUAUAUAAUCCAGUACAAUACCAGUUUCACACCUGAUUCCUGGGAGGAUGCCUAUAAUGAAGUGCCCGCUGUAGAUAAAACUUACACUGUUCCAAUGAGUCCUUGGGCAAACUAUACGUUCAGAGUUAUCGCUGUAAAUAAGAUCGGUAGAUCAUUACCUUCACCACAUUCUGAAGUUUGCUCUACACGCCCUGCCGUUCCACAUAAGAAUCCUGACAAUGUUGUUGGGGAGGGAGACAGGCCAGACAAUUUGGUUAUUAGCUGGACCCCUAUGGCUCAAAUAGAACAUGCUGCCCCUGGCUUUAAAUACAGGGUCUAUUAUAAAAGAGACAUUCCAGGAAAAGACUAUGAAUCGCCUUUAGAAAUUACAGAUUGGCAUGUCGGCCGAGUGGAACUACCUAAUCAGCCUUCAUUUCAACAGUAUAGAAUAAAGGUUUUAGCUAUAAAUGAUGAAGGCGAAGCUGAUGUAGCCCCGCAAGAAGUGAUUGGAUUUUCUGGGGAAAGCGAACCUACAGAGGCUCCUCAAAACUUCACUGUCCUCAAUGUGCAAAGCCCUACAAAUGCUUUAUUAAGCUGGAUUCCUGUUUCUUUAGAAUCAGUGAGAGGGCACUUCAAGGGGUAUAAAAUUCGGACUUGGAGUGACCAAAGUCCUAUUCACAGUGAAAUUCAAGUCCAAGGUGGUAACGCGAAAGCCUUAGUGAAUACGUUUAUGCCAAACACAAAAAAUUAUGCCCAAGUUUAUGUCUAUAAUGGUAAAUACAAUGGACCUCCAAGUGAAACUCUGAGUUUCCACACACCAGAAGGUGUUCCUGGUGAAAUGGAUGUUUUAGAAGCAACGCCCUUGGGAUCAUCUGCCUUUAUCCUCCGAUGGGAGAAGCCAGAUAAGCCUAAUGGUAAUCUGACAGGUUAUAAUAUUUAUUUUGCCGAAGUCGAUCAGAAUCUCAAAGUUGGCAGGCCUAUUCCAAGAAGUCCGCAAAUUGAUGACCCCAAUAGAUUAAGAGCAAAAUUAGCUGGCCUAAGACCUGGAACCAACUAUCGUAUCUAUAUUAGUGCCACUACAAAGGCAGGCGAAUCCAAACGAUAUUUUAUUGAAAGAAGUACAAAACCUUUGGGGAUUUAUAAACCAGGUAUUCCCCGUUUCGAAUGGGAACCAGUUAUUAGAGAUAAAAGUGAUCGAGCUUCCGUAAGAGUCCAUUGGUUACCUAGUGAAGAUGGAAAGCCUGGUUCACAUUUCUUUGUAAAGUAUAAAAAGAGGGGAGCAAGUACUUAUCUGCAAACACCUCCAGAAAAAAACGAAGAUUUCUUAGAGGUUGCUGGCUUAGAAAGUGGUGAAACAUACGAGUUCACCGUUGUAUCAGUUGAUGGUGAAUACCAAACAGAGAGCGAACAACAAGACGUAUACACCAACGACGGAAUCAUCAUAACGGCAAAAGAAGCCGUCGCCACUGCGGGUUGGUUUAUUGGCAUGAUGUUAGCAAUAGUGUUUUUGCUUUUGGUGCUCAUCAUUGUCUGUAUAGUCAAGAGAAAUCGUGGAGGAAAAUAUGCAGUACACGAACGAGAACAAGCUAACGGACGACACGAUUAUCCUGAAGAAGGAGGUUUUCAUGAAUAUUCUCAACCGUUAGACAAACCCUAUGGGCGAGCUUCAACAGGCAGCGAACCGAAAGUUGGCCCAGAAAGUGAUACAGAUUCCAUGGCCGAAUAUGGAGACGGUGAUACAGGGCGUUUCACUGAAGACGGCUCCUUCAUUGGUCAGUAUGUUCCCAGUAAUAUGAAGCAGAUUGGCGCCACUGGCACGCCAGGCGCCAAUAACAACGCGAUGGCAACAUAUGUUUAGAAAAAUUAUGAAUUUGCUUUAAUUGUCGUAUUUAUCCUUAUCUUUCCCUUAAAGUGAAUUAUUUAACUAUAUCUACAUGCAAUAUGCUGUGCGCACUAAAAAUCUGCCUUGCUUUCAACUUUCGAACUGAUAUAUGUAUUUAGAAAAUUGAAUAGCAUACAAAAUUCAAGACUGUAUAAUAUUGAUAAACCUCUUUCUCAGGUCAGUGUAUGGCCAUUCAUAUAGCGAUUGGCGGAAGUGAUAACGCAGUGUACAAAGGAGAAUAGUUUCUUUUUCCAUAUAUAUAAGGAAUGCUCCUCUACCAUCUAGCAAACGCUCUUUGGUCACCGCCUUCUGCUCUAAGAAAAUGAAAAUUUAGUUUAAUUGGUAUAAUCUGAGUUUCUGUCUGCUUAUGUGUGCCGCUCUCUAGUAAACGUUUUUCUUAACUCAGAAAGUAGUAUUUUUGUAGGUUUUUAUUUCGUAAUAAUAUGCGAAGAAAUAGUAGCUGGUAGCGUGGAGAGGGGGGCUUUAUUUAUAAAAAUUCCUCCUUGAAGUUGGCCACACUAGUUAAUGUUAAAAAUUUCAAAGAUUGCACGCUAGACAGGUUUUUUGUGAUUUAGUCGCAGCCAGCAAUUCGUCCAUUUGUUUUUAGUAGUUUAUAGUGUUCUCAAAUCAAAAUAAUAAAUUUAAAUUAUAGAAUACUUUGUAAAUCCUUUGGUAAAUUUCAGCAAGAUAGUAAAUUUGGAUUUUUUCCGUAAUUACCAAGAAAUACUUUUUGUGGUUUUGAGGGAACAAAUUAUUUCGUAUUUUUGGCUUUGAUACGCACUAUUUUGCUGAAAAUUAUUAUAUAGUAAUAUAUUUGGUUGUUAGUUGCAGUUUGAAAAUAUUUACAUUUACCAUGUUUAAAUUGCAUUGAUUUUGUUAUACGAGUGCUUAUUCCAUUGUAAUAUAUAAUCUGUAAUAUUAUUAAGUUUAGUUUGGCUUUGGAUAAAACAAUUUUUUACGUUUUUUAUUUCCAAUUCUCAUAAUUAGUUUUUUUGUAUGUAGUAUGGAAUAUUUGAUUUAUACAGCAGUUAUAUAAUCAUCAUUUUGUCCAACUCAGGUUGGCACAAUUAUUUGUUAAUGCUGUUUUAUUUUACUACUCAAAAUGAUGAUUUAUAAAACUCUUUGUUUUCUCCUUAUUGAAAAUUUUUCAGAAUUUUGCAAAUAAUUUGUUUUACCCAUAAGCCUAAAUUAGGAAUCUCAUCUUAGAAUUAAUUUGAAGAUGUAAAUAAUUUAAAAUCGCCUUGGGCUUAUUAUUUUAUAUUAAUAAUUAUAUUAUAUUUUUUUACUGGUAUUAGCAAAAUUUUUAAAUGAGUUACUGCUAUUGAAUUGAAUUCUAAAACGAUAUAAAAUAUUUGCUGGCAUAUGAAAUUUUUAUUAUAGACUCGUUACCAAUUUUGUUAAUAUUUGGUAAAUAUUUGCCACUGCCUAUUGACUUAAUCCAAGACUUAAUAAAAGGUGUUGCCAUACUUUUAUUUCGAUGACAAAUUCAAAUGUUACGCUUCAAGCAAGUGUAUGUAAAAUUAUAUAUAGUUAUACACUGAACAAUUCUGCUGAUGUUAAUUUUUUUGGAAUAGACAUGAGUUUUUGAAAAUUAGCUUAUUUCCACAAAAUACAAUAUUAUUAUGAAACUGUUAUGCCCAGCCCUUUUAAUACGUUAUUUCAACGAUUUGAGUGUCUCAUGAUGCUGCCUCUGCACUUCAAGGUGGUUCAUUAGAUAUCAUAGCCAAUUAUGUAUAUCUAUUAGGUAAUGCAACUAUUUGCGCAGCUGUAAUGUAACAGCACAAAGCGGAAAGUGGACAAAAAGCUGUGUCUUAAAGAUAUAGUAUAAUUUAGUUUUAUUUAUUCAAUUUUUCACUGCAAAUCUGAUAUUUUUGUGAAAUGUCAUUUUUGGAAGUUAUUCAGUACCAUAUGGCACAGUUACGCUUCCCAGGCGCAGAACAAUACUCACUUGCAACUUGCAACUCCUCACUCAGGCAAUAUUAUUUCAAUUUUUUUGAUGGGACUGACUCAAUUUUGAAAUAUUAUGUUUAUUUGUUGCUAAUCCGAAACAUUAAACCUGUAGUACCUACACAGUAUUUUUUGCACUAUUGCGAAUGUUAUUGCCUUUAUCAGUUGAAUUUAUGAGGUUAACUAUUAUUCGACAAGAAAUUGUAAUAAGCACUGAAAUUGUAAUUCCCCCAUUCUAUUCCCACACCACCUGCCUCACAUCAAUUUUUCAACAAAAUCAUUAUAUACCAAAAACAGAGUAGCCUGAAUAAAAAAAGCACAAAAGACUGAUUGUUUAUCUCAUUGACGAUCAAAUUACUUUGAAUGAAUGUCCUUAAGCUAGCAAAGAAGCCAAACGUCUACAAGACAUGCUCGAAGCAAUUGGAAACUUUGAGGAAAGAGACAGUUCGUCGCACAAGCAGAUAAUUGGCCAUGAAAGUUAUAAAAAUAUUUGUCAAGAUGAGCUGCAACGUUUUUGUUCAUUUGGACUUUGAAACAAACUGAUAGCUCCCCAGAAGAAAUUUUGCUGGUUGCUAUUUCCAACAAAGUCAAAAUUACAAUAUGAAAAAGUCUAUAGCCAGUUAAACAUAAGAGAAAACGUCGAUGUGCAGAGAUUUCUCAGACUGGAACGAAGUUGACACAAACAUUAUGUCACAUCUCAACUUUGACAUAAGUAUUUUUGGAAUCCGAUGAGAUUGCUAAACAAAGUUUAUUUCCAAUCACAAUACAUAGGUACCUAUUAAAAAAAUUAAAAAAAAAAAAAGGUAAAAUGUAGGGCCUUGAAAUAGAUAUAGUGUCAUCGAUGUUUUUUUAAAUGGCAGCGCCUGUUUUUUGUGGAGGAGGUCUAAAAUUAUAGAAACCUCAAAAUUUGGAUUGUCUAUUCCCAACUUUUUGAGAUUUAGGAAAUUUAGGUUUAUAAAAUAAAAGGGAAUUAUAGACCGUAGGUCCACGGCCAAAAAGUGCAACGAUAGUAUUACGUAUAUGCCCUCUGAGAUGUUGGUAAUUAUGCAUAUGUUCGUCAACAUGCAAGCAAAAUUACCAAAGCCUCAGAGGGCAUACAUUAUAUGCACUUUUUGGCAGUGGGCCUACAAUCUAUUAGGUGAGAAUGCUGACUUACUUCACCGGAAGUGAUUGAAAAUGAUGGAACUUAAUUUUGUUUUUGUUCAGCUUAUUGCCAGUAACAUAAUGGCCAUGUAAGAUAAAAUAAAUUUUUUAAACAGUCUGUUAUUAUUUGUGGACAAGUCAAAUUUUGAGGUUGCGACUUAUUACUGGUCUUAGAUUAAGAUGUUGCUUGUAGGUCAUUCUCACACCGUAUCAUUUCAGAGGUAGUGCAUUGUAUUUUUUAUUCGAUUGUAUUGCCUCACAUUCACCAAUAAAGUUAUUGUCUUUUA